UACCUUUGGUCGCGACUCGAUUUUGCUUUUCUCUCUCUCCGUGGAUAAGAUCUUUUUCUCUGGUGUCGAGUCGUGUUCGCGAUAGAGUCAAUGAAAGUGGUGACAAAAAUGGCGGACGCAAGGUUGCUGCGCAUCGCGGCGAUAAUUUUUUGUGUUUUGGGGGGUGGUCUUGGUUUACCAAAAUCGGAGCUAUUUCCCUUUGGAAGGGAACAAUAUUUACCGGCGGAGGAUGAUGUCAGUUCCCCUGAAGUACCGUUGACGGUGCCAAUUAUAUUCUAUGGAAAUGAGUACCGGACCAUUUACGUAAAUGAUAAUGGUUUGCUAUCGUUCCUGACGGAAGUCCCGUCUUUCUUCAAUGCACAGUUCCCUCUCACUUAUCCAAUCAUCGCUCCUCUCUAUUCCGAUAUUGAUACAAGGGCGGCUGGUAGAAUUUACUACAGGGAAACGCAGGAUAAUGCACUUCUGGAGCGAGCAGCGAGGGACAUUCGAAGCCACUUCUCCAAUGCCGGGUCCUUCCAUCCGCGAAGCUUAUUCAUCGCCACUUGGGAUGAAGUUGGCUAUUAUGAAAGGGCAACUGACAAGGUGAAUACUUUCCAAGUCAUCAUAGCCUCGGACGGAGAAGACAGUUAUGUCUAUUUCUUAUACCCAUCUAAUGGUGUACAAUGGAUUCAAAGUCAGGGAAAGAAUCCGAACUUGCCAGAUGCUCGGGCUCAAGCCGGAUUCAUGUCCGGAGAUGGAAGAUUAUACACAGUCAGGGGAUCAGGCACUGAACAGGCGAGAAAUUUUGACAGGAUGUCGAAUGCCAAGAAAGCUGGCAUGUGGUUGUUUCACGUUGGCCGUCCUACAGGAACGGAAAGGAACGUCAUGCCACCUGAUAUGGAAUCUGCAGAUGGGUCUGAUGACAGGACAAGUGGUCAGACAGUUGCCACUUGCUCGGACACUUUGCUCCCAUGUCCACCCCAUUCGACUUGCGUGGACCACCAAGAUGGAAAAGGCUUCUGUUGUGUCUGUAAAGAUAACUAUUUUGGAAAUGGAAGGAACUGCGUGGAAAAGAAUUCUCCUCAGCGCAUGAACGGCAAAGUGAGUGGCAGCAUUAAUGACAUUCAACUACAGGACGCAGACCUGCAUGCCUACAUCGUCACUGAGGACGGCCGGACCUACACAGCUGUUAGUCGCGUGCCCCCAGGGAUCGGAUCUGACCUGCAAGUGCUCACCCCUCUCGGAGGCAUUGUGGGAUGGCUAUUUGCCGUAUCUAGAAGCGAUGCUCCAAAUGGAUUCACUAUAACAGGAGGAGCAUUCAACCGAACUGUCGAAGUCGAUUUCCCGCAAACUGGACAUCACGUAUACAUCGAAGAAUCCUUUCUCGGUCCGGAUGUUUUCAACUACAUGAGGGUGCAGGUGAGAUUAAGAGGAAGCGUGCCUUCAGUUCCCGUGGGCUCAAAGAUUGAAGUUCCAGACUAUGAGGAAGAGUACACCAGAGUGUCCCCAGGAACUAUUCGAUCUCGUGCCUCAAGAAGCUACCGUUUGGAGGGCAACAACCUGGAAGUUCCUUUCACUCUUGACCAAACGAUCACAUAUUCCGAAUGCAACACCCAUAUGACCAGUACCAGGUUGAAAGUGGCCAGAAACUUCAUUGUCUACGAUCCCCAGGAACAAAUAGUCAGAUACGCCAUGACCAAUAAGAUAUCGCCUCUAACAGGUGAUGAUCCAUGCAAGGAAGGCAGACAAUCUUGCGGCCCCAACAGCAACUGUGUCGUUGAGGGCGAUGCCUUCCGCUGCGUUUGCAAUCAAGGGUACCAACAAAUUUAUGACGAAUCUGGAGAUGGAUCCACAACGUGCGUCGAUGUGAAUGAAUGCGUUCUUGGUAGGGACAACUGCCAUGUGUUUGCUGAUUGUUUGAACUUACCUGGGUCGUUCAUGUGCAGAUGCCAGCCAGGAUACUUCGGGGAUGGAACAAACUGCGAACGUAAACAGACUUGUGCUGACAUCAACUGCGACCCCAACGCCGAUUGCAUCGAGGGUACAUUGCAGAGGCCCCCUCAGUGUCGCUGUCGAAUUGGAUACCUUGGUAACGGACAGACCUGUGAGUCUGCGGAGGGUGAUGACUGCAGGAGUGUCAACUACUGCGACAGGAGAGCUGACUGUGUAUACGACGAAGAGACACACAGACACACUUGCAAGUGCCGGCGAGGAUUUACAGGCGACGGCGUUGUAUGCGUGGAGGACAGCUGUGAUGUGGCCGACAACUGUAGCCCUGACGGUAGCUGCCUGUACGACGCCGAAGGAGAGGCAUACUAUUGUGCAUGCAGACCGGGAUUCUCCGGUGAUGGCUACGUAUGCCUGCCAGAAGAAACCUUCCAAAGCUGUGACGUGGUUAACAACUGCCAUCCACAGGCACAAUGCAUCUACGACGCUCAGAUACAGAGAUACCACUGUCAAUGUAACCCCGGUUAUAGAGGAGACGGCAAAACGUGCAACAGAGUUAUAGAAGAACUGACAUGCGACCAAGCAAACAUAUGCUCGCCAUAUGCCUUAUGUAUCCGAGAUGACGUAACGGGAAGACAUUUUUGCCAGUGUAAUGAGGGUUUCGACGGGGAUGGCUUAACUUGCACAUCCCUCGAUGAAUGCAACAGUCCUGACGAUUGUGACAACAACGCUGAAUGUCUGUACGACGGCGAUGGGCAACGAUUUCACUGCCAGUGCCUGCCAGGAUUCAGGGGCAGAGGCACCAAGGGAACGUGCAGUCUCGAUCCAGACGUCGCCUGUAAUGUUCGCAACAACUGCCACGAAAGUGCCACUUGCACGUACGACGCAGUGGACUUGACUUAUAGGUGCCAGUGCAAACCAGGUUUCAACGGAGAUGGAUACAGAUGCGAGAAGGCCGAAGUUCCUUGUAAUAUCAUCAAUAGCUGUCAUGUGAAGGCAGAGUGCCAAUACGAUCCACCAUCUCGAGGAUACAAGUGCCGUUGUUUACCUGGAUAUGAUGGGGAUGGUCACACAUGUAGGUCUCAGAGAUCUUGCCGAGAGGACCGCUACUUGUGCGACCGUAAUGCGGAAUGUGUACCUCACGAGGCCACUGGAGAUUACGUUUGUCGCUGCAACCAAGGAUUUAUAGGGGAUGGCAACACAUGCGCUCCUGCGCCACAACACAGCGGAGGGUAUCUAGUAUUUGCUCACGGAAUGUCCCUCCUUCGAGUGCCGACACUUCCCACCAAAAGCAAUCCGGGACAAUUGCUGCUAAUGGAACCCAAUCAGACACCAGUGGGCUUGACGACCGACUGUCAGAUGGGACAUCUCUAUUGGGCUGAUGCAUCUCUGAAAGUCAUAAGAAGGGCAAAUUACAACGGAUCAGACGUCACUAUGACAAUCUCGAAUGAUAUGCUGUCACCAGAAGGUGUUGCUGUGGAUUGGUUGGCAAGAAACAUUUAUUGGACUGAUUCUGGAAAAGAUACGAUUGAAGUUGCAAGCCUAACGACGAAGUACAGAAAAGUACUCAUCUCGGAGGGUUUGAGCAAUCCCAGAGGUAUCGCCGUCCAUCCUGGACUUGGAAAGAUGUACUGGACAGAUUGGGAUAGGAAUGCCCCCAAAAUAGAGAUGGCCAACAUGGACGGAUCUGGAAGGACGGAACUCGUAAAGGAAAAUCUCGGUCUUCCGAACAUGCUCGUCAUCGAUUACGACAGGAGCAAUCUCUGUUGGACCGAUUCGGGUCUCAGAAGAAUAGAAUGCAUUGCCUUGAAUGGACAAAGCAGAAGAGUUGUAUACACACCCGCCCCUUAUCCCUUUGGAAUAACCAUUCACGAAGGAUUUAUUUACUGGACAGAUUGGGAAAUUAAAUUUCUUCACCGAGUGGAUGUGAAUGGUGGUGAAGCUGAACCUCUCGAAAUUCCUGCAGGAGGCAGUGGAAAAAUGUAUGGAAUAGUAUCUUUGCCUUCCUACUGCCCUUCAGUGACAAGUUACUGUGCAGUAGAAAAUGGUGGCUGCAAAUAUCUUUGUCUUCCAUCCGGAAGAGGUGGCCGUUCAUGUGUCUGCCCAGAUUUUAGUGAAGAUGGAACAACGGAGUUUGAAUGCUCAACCUCCUGAUUGGAUAUUUGAACUUUAAAAAUCAUCAAUGAAUCUUGUCUAAAUAAUGUCGUGUUUUGUGCAAAUCAUUUUUCAUGAACCAUUUAUCUUUCUGAAAUAAAAUUUCAUCUUUUCUAAUUA